AUGGGGACCGCCGGACCGCAGCGCGGCCUAGUCCUGGACCAAUCGCGGUUGGCGAUUGGUGAACCUGCCCGUUUUAUUGGCCCAGCAGCGCAGCGAACCCAUAUGUUAUGGCAAAUCCUCAUCCGUAUCUGCCUCAAGCAGGAGCGGCAGCCGGCAGCUACAGAUCGUCCCGUCCCUGACCAUUUCUCCCACAGGCCACGGCGUACGUCUACCAGGAGCAUGCUGUUCCGAGUGUCCGGCCGCGCCCGGGUCUGCCGGCAGAGGAGGAGGCGGAUGGCCGUGGCGCGCCUCGGCGACGCGGGUGACGCCGCCGCCCCGCGGUGCGGCGGCAGGCUGCUGUUCGCCCUCGGGAGGAUCGUCCUCCCGCGGCUCCGGCUGCGGGCGCUGCUGCUGCGGUCCAGGCGUGCGCUCGCGCGGCUCAGGAACUGCUACGCGGACGUGAUGAAGGGGCUCGUCGCUGACGCCGCGGCGGCGGAGCCCGCCGCGAAGGCAAGGAGGGCGGUCGAGGCCAGGGCCGGGACCGGGGAGACGUUGGUGCACGCGGGGAGGCCGGCACCGGCAGUGGUCGUGCCGGCCGCGGUGGCCGGCGCCGUGCUGCGGUGCAACUCGCACUACUACGUCCGUUGA